CGUUUCCUCUUCAAGAGAAAGCAGAGGAAUUAGGUUUGAGCAGCUGGAGUUUGCACAGCCCGGCUGGACUGCUUGAAACUAGUCUGCCAUGAUGCUGCUGGUGUUCCCCAUGGCUUUGCUGGGUCUACUAGCAGCCCAGGGAAUGGAGAAUGGCUGUCCUGAGAAUGACUGUCCUCACAAAAAAUCUGCCACUCUGCUGCCGUCCUUCACGGUGACACCUACGGCUACUGAAAGCACUACAAGGCCUACCACCAGCCCUGUACUCUCUACCACCAGCCAUCAACCCACCACCAGCAGCCAUGGAAAUGUCACAGUUCAUCCAACACAUGAAAGCACUACCACCAGCCCUGGACCUACAGCUGUCACUCUGAAUCCUGCCAAUAUCACCAGCCAUGGAAAUACUACCAUUCACCCCACCACGGGCAACAGCACUGCUACCACCCCAGGAUACACCAGUCCCUCCCACCCAAGACCACCUCCACCCUCUCCAAAUCCUAGCCCAGGAUCCGAGGAUACUAUUGGAAACUAUACAUGGACUAAUGGUUCCCAGCCCUGCGUCCAGCUCCAAGCCCAGAUACAGAUUCGAAUCCUGUAUCCAACCCAAGGUGGAGAAGAGGCCUGGGGUGUCUCUGUACUGAACCCCAACAAAACCAAGGUCCAAGGGCACUGUGAGAGUGCCCAUUCCCACCUGCUUCUCUCAUUUCCAUAUGGAAAGCUCAGCUUUGGAUUCAAGCAGGACCUGCAGCAGAGUCAGAGUAUGGUCUACCUCAACUAUAUGGCAGUGGAAUACAACGUAUCCUUCCCCAAGGCCACAAAGUGGACAUUCAUGGCUCAGAAUACAUCACUUCGAGAUCUCCAAGCACCCCUAGGCCGGAGCUUUAGUUGUGGAAACGCAAGCAUAGUUCUUUCUCCAGAUAUUCACCUUGAUCUGCUCUCCCUGAGGCUACAGGCUGCUCAGCUGCCCCAUUCAGGUGUCUUUGGGCCAAGUUUCUCGUGCCCCAGUGACCAAUCCAUCUGGCUGCCUCUCAUCAUUGGCCUAAUCCUCCUCGGCCUCCUCACCCUGGUACUUGUUGCCUUCUGCAUUGUCCGAAGACGCUCUUCCACCUAUGAGCCCCUCUGAGCAUUUGCCCCAUCCCCCAGUGUAUCAGGUGGCACCCUCAUUUCCUCACUCUGUAGCCAACUCAAAAGACACUGUUAUCUUCCCUGUCUUUUUUUUUUUUUUUUUAACAAAAUGAGAGAUUCUGUAAUGGAAAUGGGGGGGGAGGGUGUUAUUAUAUGUGCUAGGUUUCUUCCUAUCCCAGGAGAAUAAUAAAAGUCACUCCAAUCUU